AUGUUCACUUAUAGAAUCGGAGAAACUCAUUGAUUAUUGUAAUAUGUCGACCCCCAUGAUAUCUUUGGUUUAUUAGUGGAAGCUCCCUAAUAUUGGACUGGAGCAGGUGAUCUGAUAGUCAACAUGGCGGAAGUAGAAUAUUUCGGCGGCAUUGAAGGUGGUGCCACCCACUCUAAGAUGGUCAUCAUGUCCUCAGAGGGGAAGAUCAUGGCAUGGAGUGAGGGACCAAGCACCAACCACUGGCUGAUAGGUGUGGACCAGUGUGUGACGACCAUCAAUGACAUGGUGGUUGAUGCCAAGAAGCAGGCAGGCAUUCCUGAGGACAAGCCUCUCAAGGCUCUGGGCCUGUCCCUAAGUGGAGGGGAGAAGGAGGAGGGGCAGAAACAGGUGAUUGAUGGCAUGAAGACCAAGUUUCCCAACGUCAGUGAAAACUACAAGAUGUGUACAGACACCUUUGGGGCCAUCGCCACUGUCUGUGAGUCUGGUGGCAUGGUGCUUAUUGCAGGGACUGGCUCCAACUGUCAACUCAUCAACCCAGACGGGGAGACGUACGGCUGUGGGGGCUGGGGGCAUAUGAUGGGGGACGAGGGGGGAGCAUAUUGGAUAGCACAGAAGGCAGUCAAGUAUGUGUUUGAUUAUGACGAUAACUUCCACGAACCCCCUUCUGACACGAGCUACCUCAAACUGGCCAUGUUUGAGUACUUUAAGGUGAAUGACCGUAUAGGUUUGUUGGACCACUUGUAUCGCAACUUUGACAAGUCCAAGUUUGCUGGCUUCUGUAAGCUGGUGGCUCAAGGUGCCAAAGAGAAAGGAGACAAACUGUGUCAAAUAAUUUUCACUCAGGCUGGGGAGAUGUUGGGCAAGCACAUUUGUGCUCUCUCUUCAAAAAUUGACAAGAGCCUCCUAGAGGGAGAGGGAGGACUGCAGGUGGUGUGUGUUGGAUCUGUGUGGAAAAGCUGGGAUGUGCUCAGAGAAGGUUUCCUGAGAGGCAUGUUACCCCGGAAUGAGAGAGACGUGGCCAUCAAGACCAUCACACUGCUGGAGCUGAAGCAGUCCUGCGCCAUCGGAGCGGCCAAUCUGGGAGGGCGCAGCAUCGGGAAGAAACUUCCCGUGAAGUAUGCCGACAAUGCCACUGUCUUCUUUUCUCACACGUUCUCCUGAUACUGAACAUAGGUAGAGAGUCUCAGGUUGCAACAUCACAGACUGAUAUGGUGGGCUCAUCUUAACAUGCACUUGGCUUCCAGAUGCUUUUAAAAUCUUCCAGAUGUACUGUGGUAACUAAAUGAAUGAGAGGUGCUGUAAAAUGUUGCAUCUGUUUCUUUUGCACUGUCAGUGCAAUCUUUUUAUCUUUUUAUACCUUAUUUAUGACAGCCAUCUUGUUUAAUGAUAUGAUCCAAUUGUAGCUGCAUAAAUGGAGAACCCUCACAAAGUCAAUGACCAUCUUUAUCAUACAGAAUGCCAGGCAUUUUCAAAUCAGCCCAAAGAUGACAGAAACCAUUACUGAAAAAGCGAUACACACUUGCAAUGUUUUCUGCGUGCCUUUCCAAUCUGCUCUGCACAGAGGUGUUAUGAAAGUAGCUUUCUUUAAUACAGCAGUGAUGUAAACCCACCACACAGUCAGUGUGAGGUAGCCUAAACUAUUGCAGCUUGUCUUACCAAAUCCUAGUGCAGAAUGGACAUGUUGCACUGUGUGGCAGGUCACCACUGAUGUGAUGGAGAUUCAGUUGCCUACUGUAGAUUUUACAGUGAUAUGCAACAUGUCUUUGAACAAUGUCUGACACACCUUUAUCUUGUAACCACUAAAAUGUAUGUGUCAUAUAAACCCCACAAAUAAAUCUCUACUCAUGGUUAUAGUCGAUAAAUAUGUUUUAGGUAUUGUACCUAUCCCUCAUGAUCUCUGCAAAUCUAAUUUUUCCUCUGUGGUAGACUUCUUGUUCCAGACUGACAUUUUAGGUUGAUUCUUGUUGGCAGAGUAUCGCAUUUUCAUCCAAUAUUUACAGGUCAAUGUAAGGGAAAUGUUUGAUAUACAAUUGUGUUAAGGCUGACCACAGUUUUCUAUUUUUACCAUGUUCAACCGAGCCAACAAGCAGUGAAACUUGUUCAUCACAAAGCAACUGUUCAGUGGAGAUUUUCAAAUGAUCAUGAUUUAGUUGUUUGGACCCUGGACCAGAAACUCAUGUCAAAGAUGCUGCUCUGCAAAAGGCACACAGAGUGCUUUUUUUUAACCGAUGGUGAAUGGCUUUAAUUUCUGUAUCCAUGGCACCAUAGAAAGCUGUGAUACUCUCACAAGAAGAGACCAGACCAGUACCAGACCACUUUAAUGGGACCUUGCAAGCAAGAAUAUUGAAAUUGUUGUCUGUGGGACCAAUACGAUAUCACUAAUGUUAACCUAGUAGCUUACCUAUUGCUAAUUGUGGAAAUUUGUUGCCAAAUUAUUAUGUGCAAGAGAUGAUUAUGAAUGCACACCUUAUGAAGGUGAUGAUAUAUAAUAUGACAGUAUAAUUGUGCAGAGAUCUUUAUUGUGAAGAGGAUAUGCCUGAUGAGUGAUUGAUGUAGUGUUGUUGGACAAUAAAUGUUUGUGAAGAAUGGCAUA